CACAGUAGUGAGGAAGACAUCCCCAUGUGUCAGGAGGACUGAGCAGGACCCAGAGCCUCAUCACGUUGCCUCAACCUCAAUCACUGAUACAUGAGAGACACAAUGACCAGAAGAUACUGGAACUCACCAACAAGAUCAUUCAGCUGCUGACUGGAGAGGAGAGGAGUAUAUAGAGGAACACAGGGGUCUGUACAAGGACGUGAUGAUGGAGAAUCACCGGCCCCUCACAUCACUGGAACAACCUAAAGAUCCUUCUACUCAAUUUAAGGAGGAACCAGUCUCAUGUGAUGGAGGAACCCUCAUAGACAGUGACCUUUAUACACCCACAGAUUAUACACAGGAUUCAUCUACUCAUAUUAAGGAGGAACCAGUCUCAUGUGAUGGAGGAACCCUCACGGACAGUGACAUCUAUACACCCACAGAUCAUACACAGUAUUCAUCUACUCAUAUUAUGGAGGAACCAGUCUCAUGUGAUGGAGGAAACCUCAGAGACAGUGCCAUUUAUACACCCACAGAUCAUACACAGUAUUCAUCUACUCAUAUUAAGGAGGAACCAGUCUCAUGUGAUGGAGGAACCCUCACGGACAGUGACAUCUAUACACCCACAGAUCAUACACAGUAUUCAUCUACUCAUAUUAUGGAGGAACCAGUCUCAUGUGAUGGAGGAAACCUCAGAGACAGUGCCAUUUAUACACCCACAGAUCAUACACAGUAUUCAGCUACUCAUAUUAUGGAGGAACCAGUCUCAUGUGAUGGAGGAGACCUCACAGACCGUGUCAUUUAUACACCCACAGAUCAUACACAGUAUUCAGCUACUCAUAUUAUGGAGGAACCAGUCUCAUGUGAUGGAGGAACCCUCACGGACAGUGACAUCUAUACACCCACAGAUUAUACACAGGAUACAUCUACUCAUAUUAAGGAGGAACCAGUCUCAUGUGAUGGAGGAAACCUCAGAGACAGUGACAUUUAUACACCCACAUAUCAUACACAGUAUACAUCUACUCAUAUUAUGGAGGAACCAGUCUCAUGUGAUGGAGGAAACCUCAGAGACAGUGACAUUUAUACACCCACAGAUCAUACACAGUAUUCAGCUACUCAUAUUAUGGAGGAACCAGUCUCAUGUGAUGGAGGAACCCUCACGGACAGUGACAUCUAUACACCCACAGAUUAUACACAGGAUACAUCUACUCAUAUUAAGGAGGAACCAGUCUCAUGUGAUGGAGGAAACCUCAGAGACAGUGACAUUUAUACACCCACAGACCAUACACAGUAUACAGCUACUCAUAUAAAGGAGGAACCAGUCUCAUUUGAUGGAGGAACCCUCACGGACAGUGACAUUUAUACACCCACAGAUCAUACACAGUAUACAGCUACUCAUAUAAAGGAGGAACCAGUCUCAUGUGAUGGAGGAACCCUCACGGACAGUGUAAUUUAUACACCCACAUAUCAUACACAGUAUACAUCUACUCAUACAAAGGAGGAACCAGUCUCAUGUGAUGGAGGAAACCUCACAGACAGUGACAUUUAUACACCCACAGAUCAUACACAGUAUACAUCUCAUAUUAAGGGGGAACCAGUCUCAUGUGAUGGAGGAACCCUCACGGACAGUGACAUUUAUACACCCACAGAUCAUGCACAGUAUACAGCUACUCAUAUAAAGGAGCAACCAGUCUCAUGUGAUGGAGGAACCCUCACGGACAGUGUCAUUUAUGCACCCACAGAUCAUACACAGUAUACAUCUCAUAUUAAGGAGGAACAAGUCUCAUGUGAUGGAGGAACCCUCACAGACAGUGACAUUUAUACACCCACAGAUCACACACAGGAUACAGCUACUCAUAUUAAGGAGGAACCAGUCUCAUGUGAUGGAGGAAACCUCACAGACGGUGACAUUUAUACACUCACAGAUCAUACACAGUAUACAGCUACUCAUAUUAAGGCAGAAUCCAUAUUAUGUGAUGGAGGAGACCUCAUAGACACUGACAUUUAUACACCCACAGAUCACACACAGGAUACAGCUACUCAUUUUAAGGAGGAACCAGUCUCAUGUGAUGGAGGAACCCUCAUAGACACCAACAUUUAUAUACCCACAGAUCAUACACAGUAUACAGCUACUCAUAUGAAGGAGGAACCAGUCUCAUGUGAUGGAGGAACCCUCAUAGACACCAACAUUUAUACACAGUUUACAGCUACUCAUAUUAAGGAGGAACCAGUCUCAUGUGAUGGAGGAACCCUCACAGACACCAACAUUUAUACACCCACAGGUCAUACACAGUAUACAGCUACUCAUAUUAAGGAGGAACCAGUCUCAUGUGAUGGAGGAACCCUUAUAGACACCAACAUUUAUACACCCACAUAUCAUACACAGGAUACAUCUACUCAUAUUAUGGAGGAACCAGUCUCAUGUGAUGGAGGAACCCUCAUAGACACCAACAUUUAUACACCCACAGAUCAUACACAGUAUACAGCUACUCAUAUUAAGGAGGAACCAGUCUCAUGUGAUGGAGGAACCCUCAUAGACACCAACAUUUAUACACCCACAGAUCAUACACAGUAUACAGCUACUCAUAUUAUGGAGGAACCAAUCUCAUGUUAUGGAGGAACCCUCAUAGACACUGACAUUUAUACACGCACAGGUCAUACACAGUAUACAGCUACUCAUAUUAUGGAGGAACCAGUCUCGUGUGAUGGAGGAACCCUCACAGACACCAACAUUUAUACACCCACAGAUCAUACACAAUAUACAGCUACUCAUAUAAUGGAGGAACCAGUCUCAUGUGAUGGAGGAACCCUCAUAGACAGUGACAUCUAUACACCCACAGAUCAUACACAAUAUACAGCUACUCAUUUUAUGGAGGAACCAAGACCAUCUACCAAUGGUGAAAGGUGUGACAAACUUCAGACAAAAAAAAGGAGUAAUCAAUCUAAAGACAAAUCUUAUUCCUGCGCUGAAUGUGGGAAGUAUUUUACAAGAAAGGAGCACUUAGUUCUGCAUCAACGAACUCACUCAGGGGAGAGGCCGUAUCUGUGCUCUGAGUGCGGGAAACAUUUCAGAAGUAAAUCAUAUCUUGUGCAACAUCAGAGAAUCCACAGUGGAGAGAAACCAUAUUCUUGCUCUGAAUGUGGGAAAUGUUUCAUCAGUUCUUCAGACUUGAUAAAGCAUCAGAGAGUCCAUAUAGCAGCCAAACCCUUUCCUUGCUCUCAUUGUCGGAAAUGUUUUACCAGUAAAUCUGCUUUGAAAAACCAUCAAAGACUCCACACAGGAGAGAAACUGUAUCCCUGCUCUGAGUGUGGGGAGCGGUUUUUCAGUAAAGCGCCCCUGAUGAAGCACCAGAAAUGUCACAUGGUAGUAAAACCAUAUUCAUGUUCAGAAUUUGGAGAAUAUAGUGGUGAAUUAGACUUGGAAAAGCAUCAGGGACUUACUACAGGAGAGAGACCAUAUCCUUGCUCUGAGUGUGGGAAAUGUUAUAGACGCAAAUCAUAUCUUAUUGAACAUCAGAGAAUUCACACAGGAGAGAAACCAUUUUCUUGCUCUGAAUGUGGAAAACGAUUUACAACUACAUCAGGUCUAAUACAGCAUCAUAAGAUUCAUACCGGAGCAAAAUUAACUUUGUUCUGUGAGUGUGGUAAAUGUUUUACAUGUGAAUCGUUUUUGACAAACCCACACAAAGAAAAGAAACUGUAUCCUUGCUCUGAGUGUGGGAAAAGUUAUAGCCGCAAAUCACAUCUUGAUGCACAUCAGAGAAGUCACACAGGAGAGAGGCCAUUUCCGUGCUCUGAAUGUGGGAAAAGAUUUGUCACUAUGUCACGUCUGAGACAGCAUCAGAAAAUGCACACAGGAGCCAAGCCCUAUUCCUGCCCUGAGUGUGGGAAAUGUUAUUCCUACAGCUCCGGUCUGAAGAAGCAUCGGAGACGCCAUACAGGAGAGAAACCGUUUUCCUGUUCUGAGUGUGGUAAAUGUUUUAUCAAUAAAUCUGGUCUGGAAAUGCACCAGAUGCUUCAUACCGGAGAGAAGCCUUAUUCCUGCACUGAGUGUGAUAGAUCUUAUACCAGCCAAUCAGCUCUGAGUAAGCAUUGGAGGCUCCAUACAGGAGAGAGGCCGUAUUCCUGCUCCAAGUGUGGGAAAACUUAUGCCUGCCACUCAGGUCUGAAGAAGCAUCAGAGGCUCCAUACAGGAUAGAGGCCGUAUUUCUGCUCCAAGUGUGGGAAAUCUUAUGCCUGCCACUCAGGUCUGAAGAAGCAUCAGAGGCUCCAUACAGUAUAGAGGCCGUAUUCCUGCUUCAAGUAUCGGAAAUCGUAUGCCUACCACUCAGGUCUGAAGAAGAAGCAUCAGAGGCUCCAUACAGUAUAGAGGCCGUAUUCCUGCUUCAAGUGUGGGAAAUCUUAUGCCUGCCACUCAGGUCUGAAGAAGAAGCAUCAGAGACUCCAUACAGGAUAGAGGCUGUAUUCCUGCUCCAAGUGUGGAAAAACUUAUGCCUGCCACUCAGGUCUGAAGACGAAGCAUCAGAGGCACCAUACAGGAUAGAGGCCGUAUUCCUGCUCCAAGUGUGGGAAAUCUUAUUCCUGCCACUCAGGUCUGAAGAAGCAUCAGAGGCUCCAUACAGGAUAGAGGCCGUAUUUCUGCUCCAAAUGUGGGAAAUCUUAUGCCUGCCACUCAGGUCUGAAGAAGCAUCAGAGGCUCCAUACAGUAUAGAGGCCGUAUUCCAGCUUCAAGUGUGGGAAAUCUUAUGCCUACCAGUCAGGUCUGAAGAAGAAGCAUCAGAGGCUCCAUACAGGAUAGAGGCCGUAUUCCUGCUCCAAGUGUGGGAAAUCUUAUGCCUACCACUCAGGUCUGAAGAAGCAUCAGAUGCUCCAUACAGGAUAGAGGCCGUAUUUCUGCUCCAAGUGUGGGAAAUCUUAUGCCUGCCACUCGGGUCUGAAGAAGAAGCAUCAGAGGCACCAUACAGGCUAGAGGCCGUAUUCCUGCUCCAAGUGUGGGAAAUCUUAUGCCUACCAGUCAGGUCUGAAGAAGCAUCAGAGGCUCCAU